CGCUCCAUGCUCGUCAUACCUUUGACGCUAGCAAUCGAGUCGCGGUCUGAAAAACGAAAGCUAACCGCGGAAGACGGGGGCAGCAGAUUGGAAAGCAAAACAUCAAAUUCUCGACGUGCUAAUUCGCUAUUUCGUAAGAGAAUCCGCCGCGAGAAAGGAACGCCGACUGUGUGACUCUUCGCAAGGUGUGGAUAAGGCGGGCCUUUUCGCUGUCAACCACAGCUGAACCAGUUUCACAGCCCCACCUCGCCAAUGUGCCGUUUGUUUACAUCCUCUUCCAAAGAGCACGUCGUCAAAUUAAGGAAUGACGACUAUCCACAGCUGGAGUGGACGCCUUGUGCUGGAAUGGAGGCUGCAGACAGUAGCUGCGGCCGCGGCGACUCAUCACUGACGCCGCUCCCCCACGAUGGCGCACUUUGACACGGAGUACCAGCGCCUGGAGGCGUCGUACAGCGACUCCCCGCCGGGCGAGGAGAACCUGCUGAUGCACGUCCCCGAGGGCGCUAAAUCCCAAUGGCACCACAUCGAGAACCUGGACCUGUUCUUCCAAAGAGUUUAUAAUUUGCAUCAGAAAAAUGGCUUCACUUGCAUGCUCCUGGGAGAGAUCUUCGAGCUGAUUCAGUUGCUGUUCGUGGUGGGAUUCACCGUGUUCCUCGCUAACUGCGUGGACUAUGACAUCCUCUUCGCUAACAAGUUUGUCAACCACACGGAUUCCUCCAAGGUCACGCUGCCUGAUGCUUUUGUGCCGGUGGAAGUGUGCAACGCCCGCAUCCGAGACAACGCGUUUGUCAUCUUUGUGCUGAUCAUUUCCGGAGUGUUUUGGCUCCAUCGCUUGGUGAAAUUCAUCUACAACGUGUGCUGCUACUGGGAGAUCCGAGCCUUCUACAUUCAUGCCUUGAAGAUGACAAUGUCGGAGCUACCGUAUGCAACGUGGCAGGAGGUUCAGGCCAGGAUAGUGGAGAUCCAGAAGGAGCACCAGAUCUGCAUUCAUAAGAAGGAGCUGACGGAGCUGGACAUUUACCACCGCAUCCUCCGCUUCAAAAAUUAUAUGGUUGCCAUGGUGAAUAAAUCUCUACUUCCUGUGCGCUUUCGACUUCCACUUCUUGGAGACGUUGUGUUCUUCACGCGCGGCCUCAAAUACAACUUUGAGCUGAUCUUCUUUUGGGGACCAGGCUCGCUGUUUGAGAACGAGUGGAGCCUGAAGUCUGAGUAUAAGAGAGGAGUAAACCGUCUGGAGCUGGCCGACAGACUGGCGUCGCGCAUCCUGUGGAUCGGCGUGGCCAACCUCCUCUUGUGUCCCGUCAUCCUCGUGUGGCAGAUCCUCUACGCUUUCUUCAGCUACACAGAAGUGAUCAAGCGAGAGCCCGGUUCCCUCGGGGCGCGAUGCUGGUCUCUGUACGGCCGAUGCUACCUGCGCCACUUCAACGAGUUGGACCAUGAACUCAUGUCCAGGCUUAGCAAAGGCUACAAGGCUGCAUCCAAGUACAUGAACUGCUUCCUCUCACCUCUGCUAACUGUGGUGGCCAAGAAUGUGGCUUUUUUCGCCGGCUCCCUGCUGGCCGUUUUGAUCGCGCUGACCAUCUACGACGAGGACGUACUCGCAGUUGAACACGUCCUGUCGUCGAUCACGCUGCUGGGGGUGUGCAUCACCGUGUGCAGGUCGUUUAUCCCUGAUAAGCACAUGGUGUUUUGUCCCGAGCAGUUGUUGCGAGUCAUCCUGGCUCAUAUUCAUUACAUGCCUGACCACUGGCAGGGCAAUGCCCACCGAUAUGAAACAAGAGACCAGUUCUCGCAGCUCUUCCAGUACAAAGCCGUGUUUAUACUCGAAGAGCUGCUGAGUCCAGUGGUGACUCCCAUCAUCCUCAUCUUCUGCCUGAGGAGGAAGUCAUUGGAGAUCAUCGACUUUUUCCGAAAUUUCACCGUGGAGGUGGUGGGUGUGGGAGACACUUGCUCAUUUGCUCAGAUGGACAUCAGGCAGCACGGCCACCCUGCGUGGAUGUCCGAGGGGAAGACCGAGGCAUCCAUCUACCAGCAGGCUGAGGACGGCAAGACAGAGUUGUCCCUGAUGCACUUUGCCAUCACCAACCCGCAGUGGCAGCCUCCCCGGGAGACCACACACUUCAUCAGCCAGCUGAAAGAAAGAGUUCAGCGAGAGGCCACCGGCGCUUCCUCAGACAUGCAUCCGCCCUCGCUCUCCGAAUCGCAACCGAGGAGCCUGAUUGCCAAUUUUUUGACAGCGCCGUCCGCUCAGCCCUCGGUUCAUUUUGGCCGGGAUGGUUCACUGAGCGGUCAGGUGGCGGCGGCCAGCGACGCCGUGGCGGCCUUACGCUCGCUUUCCCCAAUCAGCAGCAGUCUUCACCUAAGGGGCAGCUUCAGUGGGGCUUACAGGACUGCCGGGAACGCCUCCGCCACGAGCAGGACCAUGGCAGGCUCUGGGACGGACGCCCGAACGAUGAGCUCAGGCAGCAGUGCAUGGGAGGCUCAACUCACCAGUUUGGUCUUGUCCGAGUACGCCUCCACGGAGAUGAGCAUUCACGCACUUUACAUGCACGAGUUGCACAAACAGCAGUCCCGUGGCAAUGCGCUCUCCCGGCACACGUGGCACAGGCAGGAGAGCGACGAGAGCAGUGACAGCAUCCCGGACGAGGUGAAGAGCGUGCCCGGCUCGCGCUAUAAACACCUACCACGCUCGCACACCUUCCCUACCACGGUGCCCAGCCCCACCGCCAUCCCUACUUCGGCUUCUGAUGGCGCCGCCGCCGCGGGCCCGGAGGGGACGGCGUCACAACAGGGCGGCAGCAACCGGUGGCCGUACGCCGAUAUUUUAUGUACAGGGGGGAAGGUGACGAGGUCCGCUCGUGUUCCGAUGGGUGGCUGGGCAGAAGAGUCGCACCAAUUGGCACCACGCCGCCACGAGUCACUACCGGAGGAGAGCUCGGAGGAUGAGUUGCCACCGCACAUCCACAAGGUUCGUUAGCUACGACGUCAGAUCAACCAGUGGAUUCCCUUCAACGACACCUAAACACGCCACCUUUUGACUGGACUUUUCUCUUUGACUCUGAUACUAAAAAUAAUAAUGUAAGAAUGGACCCUGAAUUGACAUUUUGCAUGAGAUAGUUCAAGGUCAGCGUUAUUUUAAAAAAGACGGUGAGUUAUACACACUUGGUGUGAAACGAUAACAGAUCCAGGUGGUUUUUGCUACAAGUAUCUUGAACUAAGGUCAUCAUGAACAAUUCUCAGUUUAUGUCGGUAAUGCUAACCAAGAGAAGAAGAGUUAUUUCAUCGUAGCAUUAGCAGCACGACUCGAACUGUCAUCAAUUCACCAUUCUUGAUACACUUGAAUGACUUGCAUGUGUCGCCUGAACGUUUACGAUUUUAUUUUAUUUUUUAAAUUAUGUGACUCACAAAAGGGAUGUGCCAUAGAGAUGAUUGUCAAUCCAAUGAGAUGCUGAAUGUUAUGGGUGUAGUAAAGAGAUUAGUUUUAUGUUGUUCAUAGUUAUUGUAAAAUAAAGAUUUGUACAGAUGUAAAUUCAACCAUUAAACUGACGUAAUCUAAUCGA